AUGACGGAAAACAUUCACCAUAGUUCUGAACUGAUUCUGGACGAUAAACAGGAAAAUGAACCAUCUGCUCUUCCACAAUCUACAGGCUUUCAGGUCAUGCUUAUGGCUCAAGAUAUUUACCGUGAUCGUGAACCAACUGAUACUGCCGAACAAGAACAAGGAACAUCUACUUCUUGUCAUGCGUCAUUAGAUACUAAUAUAUCUAUAGCUCAUGAUAAAAGUUCUGCGGACGAAUCAUUUGCUAAAACAGUUGAUAUUGGGCCGAGAAAACAGCGAAAAAGUCGAAGAACGGAGAAAGGAGUAGCAGAUAAUGAGGCUGCAGGCAAAGAAUGGACUACAGAAGAAUUGAAAGCGCUCCAUGACUGGAUUAAUUCUCAUGGUGUAAAUGAUAACUGCCUGUUCCAUGCAAUGAGAAAUAUACCAGGACGAUCAGUACUAGAUAUUCGCAAUAAAAUUGUGGAAAUUCGUGAACUUGUUCGAUUGAGACAGGAGAUAAAAAUCGAAGCCCAAAAAGCAGAAUGGUUGAAAGAAGUCAUAAAACCUUCUAAAACUAGUGAGAUACAAGAUUGGUCGACAGCUGUCAAAGUUGUUCAAAAUCGGAAACGUCGAAUCAUCGAUCAUACUGACUCAGCUUUAAUGCAUUAUUUAAGCUAUGAAGUCAAAUGUCGACCAGCAUCCGUAGAUACCAGAAAAUACUUGCCAGUAACUGAUUCACCUUAUGCUCGAGGAGCUAAUAGAGGGCAAGUUGUUGAUUGUGCCGAUUAUUAUCGUUUCUUGUACAGUCGGUUGUCAGGAGGAACAUCAUCUUACCAGAAACCUUUGGAUGCAGCUAUAAUUUUGAAUAUUUUGAAUGAAAUUCAACAAGAGGUUGAUGACCCAAAACAUGAAGAAAAGCGGCGAAUAUUAGCUGGUACAUUUCGUGAUAUACAAAGUGGUGAUUUAUCUCACUACGAUUUCAAAGUCACUGCUAAUAAUCAGGACAUGCUCUCUGCUCAGCUGAACCCGUUAUCUCUAAUGCAUGAUAUGUUAAAAUUAAAUGAUUAA